CCCUGGUAUAAUUGUUAGGUUUGAAAUUUUGGAAUAUAUAGUUUCCGAAAACGAAAAUUAUUUGAUUCGAUUUUGGCAGGGCUUAAAAUGAGCAAUAGGAAAUCAAAAUUGGUGAAAUCGCUGGAGGAGUCGGUGCCACCCAUCGAUCAGGAGGACGUCGUCCGUUUGAUCGCCGACCAAAUUCGCCAGCCCAAGAGCGAUACAAUAGAGAGAAAUUUAAGCAUCAAGGAGAACCGGAGCAUCCUGCAUCUCGAGGAUGCCAUUAAAUUCGAAAAUUCGAUGCGCAGCUUCCACGUUUCGCCCACUGCCGAAUCUAUAGAUGAAGUGAUGCCCGUGAAGGACGAGGAUCUGGGGGAGAUGCUGGAGUCCCUGAACGAAGUGAUCCUUGAUGAGGAAGAGGAUGAGGAUGAUGGCGAUAAUGAUAAUUAUGAAGCGGAGGAGGAAGAUGAAGAGGGAGUCCACAAAGAGAAUGAAUACCAUGAAAAGGACGCGGAUGAUGGCGACGAUGAUGCUCCAAGAACCAACUCAAAUUCAGGCUGGAUAUUUUGAAUAACUGUUUUUAAGAUGCAUAACCUUAAUUAAAUUUCAAG